AUGCUUCGACUGGCGAAAACAAAGGCAUCAAGAUCUCCAACGACGAUGAUUAGAGUGUGUCAUAUCAAUGUCACCUCUGUCACCAAACAUCGCGAUGAACUCUUGGCCAGAUUCUCCCAAUACGACGUCAUCUCCGUUAAUGAAAGUAACCUGAAGAGUGAACGUCAGUUUGCUUUGAAAGGCUACAACAUUUUCAGAAACAACCGAGUAGGGAAACCUAGUGGAGGAGUACUACUGGCAGUGAAGCAGCAAAUCAAAAGCCGAGAACUGAUCUGCAAGACAUCGCAAGAAAAUGAACUGAUUGCAGUCCAACUCGAAACAAAAACAUACAAGUCCAUGCUGAUAGCGUCGAUAUGUGUCCCUCCUCGAGCAAGACUGAACAUCGACGUUUUCCACGAGUUAUACGGAAUCAACAACGAUUGUAUUAUUGUUGGAGAUCUGAAUGCAGCACUCCUCCAGAUGGGAUCUAGGAGAACGAACGCAAAAGGCAAACAGUUCCAAGGACUGAUCAACGAAGGCUUUUUGAACUGUGUGGACGAUGCUACUACCACAUUUGAAAAGAACGAUUACGAAGAAAAAAUUGACUGGAUUUUAGCUAGUCAACCACUCUUUUCAUUCAUAUCAAAUGUCGAGACACAUCCAACAUUAGGACUUCUUAGUGGACACAAGCCAUUAACCUUCGAUAUCUCGAUCGGAACUGAAGCCAACGCCGCAUCACCACGAUUAUCGCUCAACUUCAAGAGAGCCAACUGGAGGAAAUACAGAAAUACACUGGACGAAAAACUGAAACCAUGGAACGAGCUAGAUCCAACCUCACCCGGUGACAUAGACGACUAUGCAGAGUUCGUCACUGAUUGCAUCACCGCUGCCUCCAACGUAGCCAUCCCAACAGCAUCAAUGCCGAAUACAAACUUCAAAGUAAGUGAAGCUUCCCAACGUCUGAUCAAGAACAAACAUCAAGCAUAUCGACGUUGGAAAAAGACUGGAGAAGCACCAGACAAACAACAAUUCUACAACUCUAAAGUCCUGCUAGCCAACUCACUUAGAAACGACAGAAGGCACAAGUUUAAGCAAUUAAUGGAAUCCCUCUGUCGAAAGAAGAUGUACUCGGAUGAAAUAUGGCUCACGGUGCGAAAGUUCUACAACAAUCAGAUCAAGCAAACAUACCCGAGCACGAUACAGUACAACAAAACUAUAGCAGCGACAGGCAAAGAGAAGGCAGAUAUCUUCGCGGAUUAUUUCAAGAAGGAGGUCUACUUCAAAGUGUCUGACACGCUCCCGUUUCACAAGCAAGUUGUACGACAAACCAAAAAAGUGAAGAAGGGUAUAUUACAUCCGUCAACCACGACCAAAUCGAAAAAGGUUUCAACCAAAGAACUUAAGUGGCAUAUCAAACAACUACGCAACAGCACCAUUGGCCCUGAUAAUGUGCACAACAGAUGCCUGAAAAACCACACCGAGUUAUUUGUACCACACCUCACAGCGUUGUACAAUAUGAUUCUGGAAGAAAGCACAUAUUAUCUUACUGUUGAAGCCGAACAAGGACAAGCGUCUACCAUCCAGCUAUCGUCUCAUCAGUCUCCUGAGCUGUCUCGACUUCACCCAAGAAAGAAAUACAAGCAUCCAGUAGAAGCCAAAGUCGAAAAUACUACCAUCAAACCUCUGGAUGCAACCCGAUACUUGGGCGUAAUUAUCGACAAGCAACUGAAGUUCAGAAAUCAUCUUCAACAUCUCGAAUCGAAAAUGGCUGGACGCAUUAGUCUCCUACGAUACUUAGCCAAAUCAGCGCAAGAACCUAACCAAAAGACGAUGAUAAACACCUUCAAGACAUCACAGGCCAACUAUGACAAAACACCAGCUCCAAUGCAAAGGACUAUCUGCGCCGUCUUACAUGACGACGGCCGAUCUAAGACAACCCGACCAUCCUUCUAUCUCUCUUCGUGA